AAGGUCUACAUCAAUGGUGUGGUAUAAGGAUAGGAGUUAGCUCAAGUGGGUGGAGCGCUCCUCCUUGGCCCUUGAGGUCAGGGGUUCAAUCCUUACCCCCAGCAUUAUGUUGCGGCAUUUCUUUAGCAUGCUAUGCAUGCUUUACCAGCUAAUGUAUUGGUGCUUUCUAAAAAAAAAAAAUAAUCAAUGGGGUGGUACUUAACAAAAGUCAAAAUUCGUUCUCAAAAUUGGUUAUAAUAAAAGUAGGGAUAACAAAAAAGAAAAAAAAAACAGAGCUGAGUAUCUUUUAAAAUUUUAUUAAAAGAAACAUUACUAUAAAUUAGCAGCCUUACUUUGUUCUCUAGAUACAACGUAAUGAUACUGUAGUGCGGAAUAUUCGAAAUCCAAUUUAUCACUGUAUAUGUACAAGAACAACAUUCUGUUUCUAUAGGAGCCAAGCUUGACACUUUCUGGAAAAGUUUGACUCACUUUCUUGAGUCAUCUUCAGCAUGCAGGGCAACUUCUGUUUAAUUAACAUUAGUUUUCCCAUUUUCUUGGUUACUCACAACAAUUACAUUUCGACCAAGUGUCAACAAAUACGUCGCUGAUGCCUAUGUAACAGUUUCCCAUUCGCUUGGUCAACACGCUUAUGUUUACAAUUAAAGUAACGAAGAUAUUUCCCCCCCAUGAACUAAGGAAUAAUUCUACAAAGUGUUCUAACUGUUGCAAAUACGAACUCCACUUUGAUUUUUCUACUCAUGUAGAAGUAUAUAUGGACUGCUGGCCUCUAUCAUUUGAUUGUUGAUUCAUUCUCAUUUCCAAGUUCUAAUCUUGAAUGAUGUCGUCGACCUCUGAGAACUACUCUCGCCGGUCCUCUCCGAUCCCAUCCUUCCUAUACUCGUCCUCGUCCUCGUUAACAAUUGAUCAAGCAGUGUCAAACAAUAGUAGUGCAAUAACGGUAGGAGCUCCAAGUGAGAAGAUGAAGAUGUAUUCACCAAGUUUCUAUGCAGCUUGUACUGCUGGUGGAAUGCUUAGUUGUGGUCUUACUCAUACUGCUGUCACCCCUAUGGAUCUCGUUAAGUGCAACAUGCAGAUUGAUCCAGCAAAAUAUAAGAACAUAACCUCUGGGUUUGGAAUCCUCAUGAAAGAGCAAGGCUUUAAGGGGUUGUUUAAGGGUUGGGCUCCAACCUUUUUUGGUUACAGUGCUCAAGGAGCUUUCAAAAUGGGAGGUUAUGAGUUCUUCAAGAAGUACUAUUCUGAUAUGGUGGGUCCUGAGUAUGCAUCGAAAUACAAAACCUUGAUAUACUUAGCUGGCUCUGCAUCUGCAGAGGUGAUUGCUGAUGUUGCCCUAUGCCCAUUCGAAGCUGUUAAAGUUCGUGUGCAGACUCAACCUGGCUUUGCUCGAGGUCUGUCUGACGGCCUCCCUAAGAUUGUCAAGUCUGAAGGUGUUAUGGGAUUGUACAAAGGACAAGUUCCUCUUUGGGGGCGUCAGAUACCAUAUACAAUGAUGAAGUUUGCAUCAUUUGAGACAAUUGUGGAGCUUUUAUACAAACAUGCCAUUCCAACACCUAAAGAUCAGUGUAGCAAGACAUUCCAACUUGGUGUUAGCUUUGCUGGUGGAUAUGUUGCUGGAGUAUUUUGUGCUGUUGUAUCACACCCUGCUGACAACUUGGUUUCUUUUCUUAACAAUGCUAAGGGUGCCUCUGUUGCUGAUGCUGUGAAGAAGUUAGGAGUAUGGGGUUUAUUUACGCGUGGUCUUCCUCUUCGUAUAGUCAUGAUUGGAACUCUUACUGGUGCUCAAUGGGGCAUCUAUGAUGCUUUCAAAGUGUUUGUUGGCCUGCCAACUACAGGUGGAGUCUCUCCUGCUAUUGAGGCUGAAAAAUGAAGUAGUGUUUGGCAGCAUGAUAUGGAACAAAAUAUUGGAAUCAAGAUUCUUAGCCACAAAUCAUAUGAUUAUUUUCCAUCUUUGAGAUGGGGUUAUCAUGACCCAUUUAUCUAUAUAGAUUGUAGAAUAGAGCUAAUAAUUUUUGGAAAAUUGGGAUGAUUCUCGGUUUUCAAUUGUUAGUAUAUAUAAAGGCAUUACUAUUA